GCAACCAUGGCUGCUUCUAGGGGUCCCGUGCAGGAUCUCUGCGAGGAAGCCACUUGCUCCAUCUGCCUGGAUUAUUUCAGGGAUCCAGUGAUCAUUCACGAGUGCGGCCACAACUUCUGUCGAACCUGCCUGAUCCAGUGUUGGGAGAAAUCCGAGGGAGAGGCUUCGUGCCCUCAGUGCAGGGAAACGGUUGAGCAAAGCAGCAUCACGAAAAACCAGCAGCUGGCAAAUUUUGUGGAAAUAACUAAGAAAUUCAGCCUUCUAGGCGAAAAAAGAGAGGCGGAAGGAAAGGGGACGAUCUGCGAGAAGCACCAGGAGCCCCUGAAGCUCUUCUGCAAGGAGGACGAAAGUCCCAUCUGUGUCGUGUGUGACAGAUCCAAGGAGCACAAAAGCCACGAGGUGGUUCCUCUAGAGGAGGCGUCCCAGGAGUACAAGGAUCAGAUCAGCAGCUGCCUAGACAAUGUGAGGAAGGAGAGAGAGAAAAUUCUAGUAUUGAAAGCAGACACAGGAGAGAUAAGCCAAGACCUGCUUAAGCAAAUGGAAGCAGAGAGGGAAAGGAUGAUGGCUGAGUUCAGGCGACUGCACCAGUUUCUGGAAAAACAAGAGAAACGUAUUCUGACCCAGAUGGCAGAUAUAGAGAAGGAGAUUGCUGCAAAAAGGGAGGAGCACCUGGCCAGACUCUCCGGGGAACUCUCCUCUCUUGACAGCCUCAUCCUGGAGAUGGAGGAGAAGCUUCAGGAACCAGCGAGUGAACUCCUGCAGGAUAUUGGAAGCUUCUUGCAAAGGUCUCAGGAGAAGGAGAACCUAGAGGACCCUCCUGUGGCUUUUCCUCCUGCCCUGAAGUGGAAGAUCUGGGACUUCUGCGAUAUUAAUCCCUUCCUGGAGGGUGUCAUGAAUAAAUUCAGAGACACUGUGAAAUAUGGACUUCAGCUGCGAAAAGAAAACGUAACUUUGGAUCCAGACACUGCAUAUCCCUACCUCAUCCUGUCUGAGAAUCGAAAGAGUGUGAGAAUGGGAGAAGUGCGUCAAGACCUGCCCAACAACCCUGAGAGAUUCGACACAUAUGCCUAUGUGCUGGGAUGUGAGGCUUUCACAUCAGGCAGACAUUUCUGGGAGGUCAUUGUGGGAAGAGAGGAGAGAUGGGGGGUGGGGGUUGCCAAAAAGUCUGUGAAGAGGAACGGCGAUUUCUAUUUUGAUACUAUGGAAGGGAUAUGGGGUCUGGGGAAGUGGGGUGGUGGGUACAAGAUCUGCUCCCCCCAUGAGGACCCUGUUCCAAGUGAGGAGCCCAACAGGAUCCGAGUGACCCUGAACUGUGAAGGGGGACGGGUGUCCUUUUACGAUGCCGAUACAGCAGCCCUUCUCUACGCAUAUCCAGCAGCCUCCUUCUCAGGAGAGACCCUCCAGCCCUACUUCUACGUGACGGAGAAAGGGGACCUGAUACUCAGUUGACUGAAUGUGCAAACAGACAAGCAUAUAUUCAUUGCCAUUAUGACAUAUUCAGUCUCCUCUUCAGGACUGAGCAGACAGGCACUUAAGGAGAAACCAUAUCUGCACAACUGUGAUUGGCCAUCCUUUGUGUCAAUCAUGAUGCAACUCUCCCUUCUCAGGUUAGCUUUGCAAAUGACACUGAUUUAUUGUGUGUCCUGUCAGUCCCCAAACUGGCCUGUUCUCUCUCCCUUGGGAAUCGGCAGUUUGUGUCAGUGCAGGAGGUGCAAGAAAAUAAUUUAGGAAACAACAGCAACACUGAUCACAUUCCUCUUUUGAUGUAGUUCUUUCUCCAACCUCCAACUCUGACUUAAGAUUUCUAGAGACAAUGCCAUCAUUUUUUUCUGAAUAAAAUCAGAAUUAUGCACGGGCUUCACUUAAAACCUUCCUCAGCCUCAAUCCUGCUCUCAGAUUCCCUUUUCCUCCCCCAAGACCUCCACUAGCCAUGGAGAUGGAAGUUCCAAAAUCCCCUUUUUUUUGCUACCACUCGGGGAAGGUUAUGUGGCAAUUCAGCAAAAUCUCCAUAUUGAAAGAGACCUGUUUGCUAGUUGAUUACAGUCGACCCUAAAACUUACACACGACUUGCGUGAUCGCAGGCUGCAGCCCUUCCUCAAACCACAAAUUAAUAAAUAGAGGGCGAGAGACCGGGGGAAACUGUUGGAAGGGACUGUGAGAUCACAUAAGAGUCUCCAGAGCCCAGAAAGCCUUUGGCAGGAAACAGUUUCUAAGUCCACCUUACUUACCGGCCUAUAGAAAGGUUGGAUAAAGCUCUCAAGAUCUCUGGCUUCGGACAAGUAGGGAUGGUUGCUUGGGGGGCAUUUUGGGGGGUCUUCCUGACUUACGCAAUAUUGCCUUUGCAUGCUGACCCCAGGAAUGUCACCCCCACGUAGGUUUCGGGCCUCGAUGCAACAAAAUCCCCUGUGACAGUGAAGAGCCUCUGUCAGAAGUUCUGAGGAGAGAACAGUGACAAUCUAGAGGAUUUCAGGAGGGGGGGGGUAAAUUCCCAUGUAUAAAAUUAUUUUCUCCAAGGUGCUUUGUAGUGAACAGUCAGAUACUUAUAAUUAUCUGUAUUUUUAGAGAUCCCCUCUUAUCCUUUUGUGCAGCGGGCCUGGAAGAAUUUGGGGGGUACGUUU